AUUAGUAACAAGUGAAAAUUCUCUCGGUCUACACAGAAGUGCAUGCAACUAGAAAAGGAUGGCCUUCAAUCUGAUUGGGUAUGGUUACGCUGUCUUGGUAACUUCUGGGGGUAUAAUUGGCUUCGUUAAAGCAGGAAGCAUCGCCUCGCUUGUUGCUGGACUUCUGUUCGGAGUACUGGCGGGGGUUGGCGCCUACCAAAUGUCUCAGAAUUCUGAUAAUUUCUGGGUCUUGCUGGGCACCUCUGGGAUCCUGGCUGCUGUGAUGGGCGUGAGGUUCCUGAACUCAUGGAAGUUUAUGCCAGCAGGACUUGUGGCUGGGGCAAGCGUAUUGGUGUUUGUGAAGAUUUGUGUGUGCUUGCUGUGCAAACCAGGUCAUCCAGAUAGUGGCAAAAGAUCUUGAGCAUUUAACAUACGACUUCAAUGGAUUGUUGAAAAUGAGACUGUGGAAAAAACACCACCACACAUGUGUAACUGAGAUUGAAUUAGUCAUAAAUCAUGUCAACCAUCAA